ACAGCGAAACAACGUUUGAUUUUUAUCAGACAUGGUUUGCUUCUGUUUCUUGGUGGAUCAGAGAAGGAAGGUGCGGCGGAGCAAGCCAGCGGCGGGAAGCUGCUCGCGGUGCGGCGGCGGAGCCAGUGUGGCAGAUAUGAUGACACAAACCAGAUUUUGCUACGUUCCCUUUUACUCCAAAUCUUGGAGAGCUGUUAUAUGCACUUUUUGCGGAGCCAUUCUCAAGUCUUACAGAUGAGCACUGCCAUGUUCUAUAUGAACACCUUCCUUCUUUUCAGCUCUUAAUUUUCCUUCUACCAUCUUAUUAUUAUGAUUUUCAAUUUGUGAGACACACACACAUAUAUACACAAACGCAUAUUUAGAUUG